AUGGCAGAAGCUGUUUUUCCAACCUGCAGACUUCUGUUCCUGGCCUUGAUCGUUCAGCUGGCGAGCAGCAUGGACACACCACUGGACGGAGUUCCUCUGCCGAGGUCCGUCACGCAAAUGGAGAGCAAGCUCGGGGUGAGCGACAACAUGCUCCCUGGAGGGAAGAGGAGCGUCGACAAGGGACAGUUCGCUCUGAGCUCCUACGAUCAAGAGAUCCUCGCUAAGGGGCCCCCGCAGCAGGGCUCCGGUCCUCCUCCCGACCAGCCGACCCAACCUGCUGCCCCUUCACCGUCCUACUCGCCCAUGGGCUCCUACAGCCAGGGGUCCUAUCAGAGUCCUUAUGCUGCCUAUCCCAACACUUAUGGUAGUGGCACUGCCGCUAGCACGCAGAGCCCUGGCUACUCCUACUACCAACCCCAGCAGUACUCGCCCUAUCAAGCCUCCCCCUAUCAAGCAUCGUACCAGUCGCAGCCGGUGUACCAGCAGCAAUACAGUCAGUAUCCUCAGCAAUCUGCAUACCCAACAGGCAGCUCCUACUACGAUUACUCUCAAGUCCACGGACGGCUCGGGGGAGCCAACAGCAUGAUUGCGUCUGCUGCCGCCUACACAGACCCUACGCAAGGGAGUCAGAGUUCGCAGGGCCGGCAGUACUCCAAGUUCGGAUGGCACCCGACACUCGAGCGAAUUAUGGGGGUCCCUAAGAAUCAGAGAACCACUGGACCACGACUUGCACUACAUGGGCAGCUCUCCAAGAUGGAAUCCAUGGCCAAGCCCAACCUCAAGCCAGAGUCCCCGAGUGUCGAUCCUACACAAAGCAACGUUGCUGCUGAGAAACUCAAGAAGGCUCAGGAACUUCUACGAAAGAGCGUCAGUCUCGGGCUGCAGGCACUCUUUAUUGGGACGAACAAGAAAGACGAGGAUAAGCAGCUCAAGAAAGAUCCUUGCACAACCUUGCGUUGCGAGCGAACUCUGACUCACGGAGGACGCACUGAUGGGGUAUUGGUGAACCAGAAUCGACAAGGUCGGCAGAUUUCUAGCCAAGAGGCACUCGCGCACACGACCAAAAAGCACAUGGCCAGCAUGCAUGCGGCGCUCAAGGUGAUGCUUACUGCUAGGGAAUGGGCCAACUUGAGAGCUCAAGAUUCUGAUUCACAAUCCAACUAUGGGGACUCAGUGCAUGCAGCGGCGAUCAAGUCUCGAGCACGGAAGGUGGGUGAGUUUGACACGGCAGUGCUGCUGAAGAUGGAGCAGGCGAUCAACUACAAGGCUUGGCAGCUGCACGAGGGCUCAUCGCUGCCAGGGACAGAGGGAGCAGAGGCUGGCGGGACAGCAGAUGUGAAGAAGGUUGGACCCGAGAGCUCCAUCGUCAUGGCGGUUCUGAUGCUCAUUUUCAUCGGGGUUGUGGGGAUGGCCGGCGUUGUCGCUUGGGUGCAUGCGCGCAGAGAGAAGAAGAGACAUGCCCUGCAAGCGCUCAAGGGCUUCGCUUAG